UUUAUUUAGUCUCUUAAUUUUAAAAGAUAAAAAAAUUGGAAAUUUUCAAGUAUAUCAACUUUUUUUUUGGUAUUUGCAUCCGGUAACCGGUAACCCUUUGGAUGCCGCCAAAUUCGGGAUUUAGUCACAGUUAAGGCUCCUCAUCCCUUCCCCAAAGUGUAUUGUGUGGGGAUCGAACCCGAUAGUUCUUCACACUGAGCUACCAUAUGAAUAUACAUAUCUAAAUAAUAAGAACAAAAUUCGCCGUGCAAAGCACGGGUAAGAAACACUAGUAUGACCAGUGUUAUCAGACUCGACCCGGAGAUCGACUCGGUCAGGGCACUGGGUCAAUGGGUCACUGGUCUAACCAUUGGGUCACUGGUUGAACCGUUUGACUCGGUUGACACUAAAAAAAAUGAAAAAAUUCAUAAUCCAAAGACAAGCUUUUAGCAUCUCUAUAUGUCUCAAAUCCAAAGUUUCAGAAAAAUGAAUUUCAAAAGUUUAAUUGAAAGUUAGAGCUACAAUUUUUUUUUCGUUCAUAUGUGUUUGACGUGAGCCCACACACAAUGCAGCAUAUAUAUUAUUUUUAAUAACUACAAAUGGGCCAUGAUGGAAACUUUUGGCCCAACUUUUUUUUUACCCAACUUAUACUAACCCUAAUAUUUUCCUUUACCCUCAUUUACACUUCUCCAAUAUCUAACAUAAGAAGCUGCAGCCGCACAACAGAUAUGAGACAUUGAUGUUGCAGGGUGAGAAAGGGGCAAGAUAGAGGAAAUGGAAAAGAGACAAGGCCAAAACCGAUUCAUGAAAUCCAAAGAAGAAUCAACACACUCCGCUUUGCUUCUGUAACCAUUCAACAGUUUCAACAACUUAGUAGUCUUAUCCUUGGUACUCUCCCCACAACCCACCUGAAGAAGAACGAGUAGCUUCUGAAAGACCCCAACUUGAAGCGCCUCAAUCAACACCCAUUCUUCAGUUUUAGAAUUUUGAGCAGCACCCCUUCGAUCUGUUCUUCGUUUUGGAUCAUUUUGGAGUUAUAUUUUUUUUUUAAAAAGAAUACCGGUCCAACCAUAGCUCCGGGUCACCGGUUUUUAUACUGACCCGGCCGGUUCAAUCCGGUUCAAGGCGAGUCGAUUGCAUCCCCGAUCCGUUGCUCGACUCAAACCGGUCAGGGGUCCGGUUUCCGGUUCAACCGAUCAAACCGGCCGGUUCGAGCCGAGUCUGAUAACACUGAGUAUGACUCUAAAUCCAAACACAUAGUGUUCAUUAAGAAGCACAAAAAUUCUCCAUGAAAAAAAAAGGAGCUUCAAAUAGAACAAUUAUUAAAAGUUAAAAAACAAAAAAAAAUUCAGUUUACUAAAAGCAAAAAAAAUUUCAGUUUACUUAAAACAACCAAGCGUGGUCGUUCUGCCAUUCCGUUCCAUUCUUCCUCUCCUCUCUCAACCCUACCCUCUGGGAGUUGGGUUUGGAGCCCCACCCCUUAGGCUUUGCACCCCACUAAAACAGAUACGGAAUUUAAAUUUCCGUAUCAAUACGGAAAAUAAAAUUCCGUAUCUGUUUUAGUAUAUAAUGAGUGGUUGAAAAUGUGACACGCAUGCUUAAAUACAGUACGGAAUUUUAAGUUCCGUAUUCAAUAUGGAGAAUACGGAACUUUAAAUUCCGUAUUUGAUAAAGUGGGGUGCCAAGCCCCAUAGGUGGGGUGCCAAACCCAACUCCCCUACCCUCUCCUCUCUCAACCGCCGCAACGAUGACGACGCCUCGCGCCUCCAUUUUCAGCCCCUCCGCGUCUGUAAUUCCAGACCACGAUUCAGUCGAGAAUGAGAAGGAUUUUGCUUCACCGUUAAAGAAAUUCAAAGUUGACAAGGAUUUAGUAGGAGAAGAGCACACCACUGAUUCCGCUGCUGCCAAUGAACUUAUCUCCUUGGAGGCUUUCAAAAUCUGGUGCAAAGUGUAUGGAAAAGAAUACGCUGACGAGAAGGAGAAACAAUCGAGCUUCCAAAUUUUCAAGAGGUCUCUUGAGACCGAGACCCCCUUCAUCCCAGGUGCUCUGACUUUUCCGAGUUUGGCUGAUCAAACCGAAAAAGAAUUUCAGGAGUUUUGUGAAAAACAUGACCUGCAGAAAUAUGACCAGCCGAUGAAUAAUAGUAUAUCCAUCAAACACAUCAUAUAUCUCAGAAGUUGAGAAUGAGAAGGAAGAUUAAGUAGGAGAAGAAGACAACACUCCCGUUCCAAUGUCACUAG